AUGACCUCCACUAUUUGUGAAGAAGAAACUAACCAAACGAAUGUGGAGCAACAACUUUCAACUAGUAGUAGUAUCAACAAUACACCAUUAUCGGAUACUGUGGAAACAAAUCAGGGUGCUAAUAUAGGAGAAACCAAAAAGAUGGGAGAAACUAAUCAUGCAAACAAACGCAAGUCUCAAAAUCAGCACAAAAGAGAAGAAACUCCAAUAAUAUACAAGGUGAAAACACCGGAAAUUAUAUUAUUCAACUCUCCCAAGAUGGUGCUGGAAAGGAUGAAAGUAGAUGGUAUUCGAAAGUCCAAGCUAACGGUUGACCAAAUAAUAAUCCUCUCCUUGUUUGCUGGUUUAUUCAUCGGAUUGGCUUGUGCUAUGGCCAUAUUGAUUGGAGGAAACGUUCCAGACCUAGAAGAAAAAAACCCAGGUCUCCAGAAACUUCUCUCCGGUGCUGUUUUUCCUAUUGGAUUGAUUCUUAUAGCCAUGACUGGUUCUGAAUUGUUUACUGGUAACGUUUUGGUCUUGUUAGUUGCCUUGUUUUCAAGAAAAUGGAGAGCCAAAAAGUUUCUUCUUCAAUAUACACAAUUUUCAAAGAAUUUGUUCGUGAGCUACUUGUUCAAUUGCUUGGGAGCAUUUCUAUUUGCCUACUUUUUCGUGUAUUUACCACAACCUUGCUGCUCUGCUUAUUGGAUUAAAUACAUACAGAACAUGUCAGUUGCCAAAACGACAAAAACUUUUGGAAAUUUAGUGUUAUUGGCAAUUAUUUGUAACAUGUUAGUGACUGUUUCUGUAUUCUGCUGUAAUGCAGCAACUACAUUGGGAGGAAAAUUUCUUGGCAUUUGGUUUCCAUUAAUGACAUUUGUUUGUUUAGGAUUUGAACAUAGCAUUGCAAAUGCUUUUUACAUUCCUCUUGGCAUGCUUUAUGGAGCUAAUGUAACAGGAUAUGAUUUUCUUAUUGGAAACUUACUACCUGUCACUAUUGGAAAUAUAAUUGGAGGAGCAAUUAUUAAUGGAUGUUUAUUAUAUUAUGUACAUGAUUUUAGAGUGAGACAUCAUAGAGCCAUAUUCAAUUUUGCAGAGAAAAUAUGGGAAAAGAUAAAGAAGAGGAAGGAAAAUACAGAAUCAAACACAUCUUCAUCUAUUGAACUAUCCGAAAGUAAAGAGAAUAUGGUCUAA